AUGAGUCCAAUUCCACCUCUUAAAAAUGUCCUUCAUCGGCUGGGCAAGCGGCGGGAAGAGGUCACCAAGCCCACAGAUGCAGCUGGGCUGGUCCUCGAAGCAUGGGCGGAGGGAUUCAUGGUGGGAUCGCUCAUAAUCAUGUCCUGCAUCACGUUGGCAAACAUGCGCAGAGGAGUUCUCCUCCACAAACUCAUUUUGCUCGAGCUCGUUCUCGGUUAUUGGCAAGGUUUUUUCAUCCUCUUCAAUCCGCCUGUGUAUGCCUGGUGGCUUUCUGUGGCUGCUAUAUUCUUGAAUGCAUCCUGGUCCCUGCACAACGUCAUUGCGUGGAUGAAACUUAGACCCUUCUUAAGCAAAACCGCUAGCCGCUUGUUCAUUGGCACGGUCAUUCUCGUCCAACCUUAUUGGGUUGUCGAGAUAUACGCCAAUUUCACCUAUUUUCACAACGUCAACGAUAUUUUUCUCAGGACGAGGCCAUGGGAGGCAUUAUGCCGAGAUCCCUGGUGGAUACUGGCCGCCGUGAUCUUGAUGUACAACAUCAAGACUCGAUACGACCUGUCGAUCAUCCAAAUUGUUCGCAUAUCCCCACGAUUUGCUGUUAUGCUUGGCGCAAUGUUUCUUAGCAUCUGUUUCAUAGUGCUCGAUGUUCUCUCUGUAACCUCGGCGCUCAAAUCAGCGCUUCCGGUUGGAAUCAAUCCCUUCUGGAAGCUGUCUUUCGUUUUCAAGUGUUUGACUGAUUCGGUGGUUCUGGACGACUUCAAGACCGCUUUGGACAGACUGAGGGCAUUCAAAAUGAGUCGACUGGGCAGCUUUGCCAUGGAUGCAGGAGAUCACAGAAGCAAACAGCACAAGGAGGAGGUUCAAAACGCGAACAACUGGAAAAGCCCACCCACCAACAGAGAUGCUGCUCAUCCAAUUAGCCAGCUUCCGCCAAUGCCUAGUUCUGAUGACGAUUAUAUCCAGAAUCGCUGGGAAGACGUCAAGCCUGGCCGAACUGAUCACAUUGAGGAUGACCAAUAUGCAGCCAUAGCAAGGAACGCCUCUCGAGAUCGUGAUGUCGAAGUGAAUCCCUUCUCCGCGAUCGAUUAUGCUGAUCCCCAGAGAGAGGCUAGUGACACAAUCAGGCUCCAAAAGCAAACAAGCUGGUUGAACAAUAGGAGGUCGUCCGACGACCUAUCCGACGGGGAUCCGGAUGUCGAAUAUGCCAUGGCUGUUAGGGAAAUGACCCAUGACUCCCUGGACGACCCUAACAAAAAGAACAAGUCGAUAGGAAUUGCGAGGUGA